AAAAAUUAUGAGAGUUUCACCUACCCUUAUUCUUCUUCCUCUCUUCUUCGUCUCCUUCCUUCUCCUUGUUUCCAUCCAUGCAAAAGCAGAAGAUGUUUGUGCGAACGUGGAUUGUGUAAAAGGAACAUGUGUCCCUUAUAAUAGUUCGAUUCUAGGGUUUGAUUGCGAGUGCUACUCGGGGUGGAAGAAAGUUCAAAUUGGUCCCAUCACCUUCCCGACAUGUGUCAUUCCAAAUUGCACUUUGAAAUUGCAAUGUGGAAAUGGGGCGCCACCGUCUCCUCCGCCGCCUGCCGCUGCGCCGCCACCGUUCAAUCUCCUUAGUCCUUGUAAUCUUGUGUGGUGCGGUGAUGGGAGCUGCGUUGCAAACGGAACGGGGUAUUAUUGUCAAUGUAAUGAAGGAUCUACCAAUUUAUUCAAUCUCACUACCUUAGCUUGUUUCAAGGGAUGUUCGUUUGGAGCAGAUUGUAGUGGACUUGGGCUCAAUCUACAUUCACUGCCACCACCGCCGCCGCCAUCAUCAAAUGGUACGUUAGGAUUAGCACCACCACCACCACCGUCCCCUCCAAAUGGAUCGGAGAAAAUGUCCAAGUGCUCAAGGAGUUGUGAUAUUCUCAAUAUGCUUUUCUUAUCUUCAACUAUUAUUGGUUUGGUGCUGCACUUGUAACAAUUUUACUUUUCCUGUAAUUGUGAGAAGAUAUAUAAUAUUCAUAAAUACAUUCACUACUUCAAUUAUUUAAUCAUUGUAAAAACAAUUGGGUCUAUAAAUAGUUCAGACACAGCUAUUUAAACAUGA